AUGCAACAGCCCUGGGCGAACACCAUACGCGGUAUAAUCAAUGACACGCUCACGCUCUUCGAUUCAUAUGAGGCGGCAAAUGGUCCAAUCCGAGAAAUCGUUGGGAGUGAUGCUCAUGCAGGAGGCACAUUUCAAGAGAAAAUGGAGUUGGAUAUAGGGGAGGGGACUGAUGCAAAUGUGGAGACUGAUUUGGGGGCUGCGAAUUCUCCAGCAAUGUCUGACAAUGCGUUGGAGGAUUCCGAGGAUAAUCAUGACGCCCCCCUUCGUGCACUUGCCUUGUACGACGUACCCGCAGGUGUGACCUUGGAAGACCCAUGUGCAUACCCUGAGAAUCGUGAGAUGGAGAGCAGUUCCACUGGAUCGUUGUUGAAUUGGUGGUGCAAAAUUGCAUUAGUAACUCCUCCCCUCAUCGAUGUCUUCAAAAAGAUCAACGACCUGGAGUUCACCAAAUUGGAAAAAGAAAAAAUACUCAAAUGGGGCGUAAUGAGCAAAUCACACUGCCAAAUACUUCGCAACUGA